AAAUAGGAUAAACCCCAUUAUGGUAAUUAAGCAAUAACAAAAGAUUAAAAAAAAGGGUGUAUAAAUAAAAGGCGUAAAAUUUGGGGUUCUUUAUUCUUUUUUUAGUUCAACUUUUAUUACAACAUCAACAACAAAAAAUGGGAUUCUGUAUUUAUUGCAAUAAAAAUGUUUAUGGUAGCAGCACUUGUCCAAAGUGUUACAGGACGAUUCCUGUCUCCAAUAACACGACUUCAAAAAAUGAUGGUCCUUCAAGAGUUACAGCCAUGUUUCCUGAUCAAAAAAGAUUAAAUCAAACCAACACAGAUAAAUGGCAAGACACUUACAGCAAAAAAGCCAUCUUUAACAGCGGCAUCAACUCUGCGGCACCUACCAGACCAAAGCAACAACGCAACAUGCCUCAAUUCAAUGCAGCCUCUAGUCAGCAAAACAAAUAUGAUUUAAAGAAAUGCAUAACGUGUCAAGGUGGCAAUUGGGCAGACUACCGCAACAAUAGCUCGGUGAUUGUAUGUGAAUCAUGCAAAAAGUCUGGGUUACAGAGUCCUACACCCGAGAGUUCCAGUACCUCAACACCCGUACUUUCAUCCAUGGCUACCUCAAAAUCAAGUUUGACCUCUUCAGCAAACAAGAGUAAUGCUUACUUUCAAUUCCAAAGAACUCGAAGAGCAUCCAUGUUUAAUCGCUCUAACCUCCUUGAGGAAGAAAACCAGGGUUCUAUCCGGAUCAAUGGUCCCUCUCCUACUAGCACUGUCUCUACCUCGGCUCUUGCGCGUUCUCCCAUGAGCUCGCCUCCUACAUCUCCUAUUCUCGAUAGAAUUACAAAUGAACUAAGCGCCAAGCAUAACUUUAGCUAUCGACGUGAGCGUGAAGUGCCUUCUCCUACUGCUUCUGUCAUGACUCCCAGCGUAUCUACCUCUGUUAAGCCUAUUGAACCCAAAAAGACAGAAAGUACUCCUCGUAAAAGAAAGGUUCUCAAGAAGCCAUGUAAGGAAUGUGGCCAACAUGUCUCCAAGAAAGAUUACCGUGGUCUCAAGAUCCAUACUGGUGAAGUUCUUUGUUACCACAGUCAUUGUCUUUUCUGUGCCAAAUGCAAUCAAAAUUUCAACGGCUUGGAUUUCUGUACCGACGGUAAAAACUUUUAUCACACCGAGUGUCCGGAUGCUACCACUAUUUUAAAGAAUCAAUAUGGUAUGGCUCUCCCUCGACGUGACUCACCAUUAAGUGAGGAAGAAGAUGCGUAUCCUAGAACUCCACCCUCGCAUAACACCCACUUUGAUGUUUUAUCCUCUAGCCAGGAAUCAUUGCCUUAUUUAGAGGACAACUUGCUUAAAAAGAAAAAUGUUAUUGUUCCUGAUUUUACCAAUUCUGCAGCUGUUACAUGUCACACCUGUACAAAACCUGUGACCGAUAGUACAUGCUUGGAGCUUGCCAAUCAAUUUUAUCACAAGGAGUGUCUUUUAUGUGCUGGUUGUAACAAGACUGUGCCAACAGACCGUAAAUUAUCUAAAUUCGAGGAUAAACUCUACUGUGAUCAUUGUACGCCCAGCAGCAAAACAAAGAGUGUGAACGGAUUACGGAUCAAUAUUGGAGACCGCCAAAUUCCCAAGCGUGCGCCUACAACGACAACACCUUCCGAUUUACUAAAGUCGCGAAAGAACGUCUUGCCAAGACUGGGUGGGGUUCGUACGUGCGCUCGUUGUAAUCAAAGCAUGCCAUUUUCAGACACCCAACCUGGACCGGGAGCAAGUCGAUGGCAUAAGAAGUGUUUGCGCUGCACGGGGUGUAAAAAACAAAUGGAUUCCGAUGCACAUAUGACAACCAAUGAAGAAACCGGGUUAUGCUUAGUGCAUUGUCGUGAAUGUUUGGAUGAGACACCAAAGCCCAGAUUUGUUCGUUAAGAUUAUUCCCCCAUAACAUAUUUAUCAUAAUCAUUCUGUUAUUUUUUUAUCCCUUUUUACAUAGUAUAUAUAGUUCACACCAUACAUAGUCCUUUUUUUCUUUAAAUAUAAAUUUCUUUUUUAAAAUUACAUG